UGUAAACAAGGCUGGAUCACUGAACGUGACCUAAAGCUGUUUGCAGCCCUGUCAAGCAAGUUUAAAACCCGUCAAAACGAAUAAAGAGAAUGACAUGGUCUGAAUCGAAAGUUGUCGAGAUUUGUUUAUUAAAAGGCAUUAUAAAAGAGCCUUGAUGUAGUCUGACUGGAGCAUCGAAUGUAGUCAAAGCUCCACAAGGCAAUCUUCUUGCAGAUAGUGCAAUCAUCGAUACACAUUGAGAGUAAUCACAGUGAUCGAUCAUAUGUUCACAGACAAGCAGAUUUUCAAGCUGGCUUACUAGCAGACAUCUUGAAGUCUUCUGCCAGGCGAGCUAGUUCCGUUUCAAAACCUGGCAUAGAGAGGAGAUGAAGAUGAGUUUGCCAGGGAAGAUAAGGAAGACUUACGCCAUAGGCUCGGUCGUCCUGACCCUUUUCCUCUCAGGGUGCGCAGUUGCUUUGAUUGGCUUUGUCCUACGUUGGAAUUCAUUCACUACAGAAGACGGCACGGUCAUACGGUUCCCUGUCGAAGGACUGGAAAACCUAAAAGUCAAAAGAACAUACUCACUACUUUGGUCAUGUGUUUUGGUCAUGCCACUGUGCUUCACUGCUGCAUUUUUGCUCUGCUUCAACAGGAGAUUUAUGCUUGUCCUGAUGAUUUUGACGGGACUUAUUGCAUUCGCCAGUAGCCUUUACGCAUCUUUGAACUUCAGAGAAAUUUAUUACAAGAUUCACAUCAUAUUUGAAGAAGACGAUGCUUUCGAUGAGCGAUGUGACAGUAAGUCGUACAACGAUGUGAAUUUUUGCGUUUGCAACAUCGGACCAGCGAGAAACAAGACCGAAAAAGUCCUUAAAUUUAGAGUGGAUGAGUGCGAUGAGCUAGAGGAUGUCACUGGCAAGUUCUAUUUAUUCUUUGUACUAAGCCUGGUGACGUCACUUCUCAGCGGGGUGUUGCUUUGUCUGUCGUGCAUGGAAUACUGCAAGCCCAUCCAGAACAUGUCAGCUGUUUUGCUUCAAGACGAGAUAUCUAAUUACGAGAGUACGAAGGACGGACAGCAAGGGAAACCAGAUAAUCACACACAGACAGCUGGCUUUAACAACCCUGUCUUCAUUCAGUGCGACACGUCAGGGCAAAAGAAAACAGUAUUUUGUUACCCCUAUACAGCUGCUCCAACUAUCAGCAUAAAUGGCCAACAAGGACAACAUACCCUGGUAUCAGAGGCACCAUCUACAAACGUGACGCUGAGCAACUUUACGAAAAAAAAAGCAAGAGGAUACUUGUAUCCUACUUUUGGGUAAAGGUGGUCAGUGAAACAGAUAAUAUAAAACAGAAAAUCUAAUUCAAUUCUAUACAACAUGGAGGCAAUGUUGCAUCAGCUGAUCAGGUUUUGCAGAACAAUGGAAUAGAAGCUAAAGAUUUAAUAAAUUAUCCGCAUUUAACUCAUUUUUCAUUAAGUUAUAUCUGAGGAGAAAUAGUAGUUUUAUGUAUUUGUCCCUUAUUUCUAAAAUGCUGGAAAUAAAAAUUUUGCAUUUUAUAUGUAUAGAACAGUGUCUUUAUAUCAAAAUCCUUUGGCAACAGAACAAAAUGACACUCAAGAUUCGACUUUAAGUUCUAUUUGCUUGAAAAUGUUUGCUCAAAGUAAGUACAUUAUAAACAUGCUACUGAACUACCAAAUUUUAACUUAACAACACCUUUUAAAACAGUAUAUUUACAAUAAAAUAUUAAAUUUUAAAAGUAACGCAUGAUUACGAAUUCAUUUUGCACUAGCCUGUCUAACAAGAAACCUGCAGAGCAAAGGGGCUAAAUGGAGCCAGCUCUUUUAAUGAUGACAAAAUGGUACCGUCAACGUUCGAAUAAGCGUCCCUCUCAAAUAAGCGCCCCUGUUUUAAGAAAAUGAUUUUAUAAGCGCCCCUCUCGAAUAAGCGCCACGCUUGUUUUAGGGUGGGCGCUUAUUCGAAUUUUCGAAAUUCACGUAAAAAGUCGAUUGAAAAAUUCUAUAUCUCGCAUGGAGGGAAGGGAAGACCUUGGAAAAGAAAGAAUAACACUUUUUCUUUGAUAUUCGUUAUUCUUUUUUGUUUUUCUUAUCAGGAAACUUCUUAAUUUCACCGUGCACUAUAUCAAUAUUAAGUAUCUUCUUCUUCUCCUCUAACUUCUCUCGCAAAAUGUUAGCAAAUCGUUUGUUUUUGGUUGUUGCUUUGUAUUUGGCUGGUACGACCAAGCCGAUUUCUCUUUUUCUUUUUCCGAGAACUUUUGCCUCCAAGUAGUUUUCAUCAUCUCCAGUUGUUAGAAAAUAAUUUAAAAGUUGUGAAAUUUCAAUCGGUACAAGUCCAACUAAAGCAUCACUACCAUUUGUCCUUUUGUAAACACCUACUUGUCAAAAGUUAACGCCUCAUCUCUCGGGUCUGGUUUACAAUUAAGUUUCUCUCCAUUCAAUGGCGUCCAGCAAUCUUGAAAUUUUGUAGGGUACUAACAAUUAAUUGUUUAUCGGUUUUGUUUGUUUAUUUAUUUGUUUAUCGGUUUGACUUGUUCUCCUGAGAGAUGUAUAAUUGAAAAAGAGAGCUGAGAUUUGAAUUUUCAAUCCUCAUUUUUUAAAUAAGCGCUCGGGUGCUUAUUCAAACGAUUACGGUAGUUGUUGUAGAGGUUCGAGUGAAAUGAUUUGAGUAAAGCUUGGUGGGAGUGAAAUGGAAGGUGUAACAUGGUGGCUUAGAUUUAGUUUCAGGCCCUACCUUUUUUGUUGAGUGAAUCUUUAGAGCAUACUGGUAAAUUAGAUAUGAAUUACAGACUGAUUUAUUGUUCGUAGCCAGUGUGCUGUAACAAUUCAUCAAUUCUUUCUGUUAAAAUCUCCUUUCGCUAAAGAUUUUUAUUUAAGUAGUCAUAUACAAGAAAACAGUACACACAUUUUCCCGCGAUUUUGUCAAGUUCGUUUAUGGAUUGGUCAUUUUUUUUCAUUUCAGAGGUUACCAUUUCAUCUUUUGAAAAUUAUGCGCAUUAAUGUAUCUAGGACUAUCUUGAGGAGAGAUCGAAGAAUGUAAUAGGUACUACCUUUGCAGGUUAUUACUGUUCUACAAGGGCGGCCCAAGGCUGAAAUAUCGUAUAAGCUCUAUUAAGCCCCUCUCUAUUAAGCCCCUCUUUAUUAAGGUCCCCUCUAAGACUGAAAAGAAAAAUUAAGUCCCCGCGACUUAACAGAGCUUUUACUAAGAAAGGGGA